UCUGCUGUCGACCUUUCAGACUGUACACAUGAACGCAGAGAGCCUUUUUCACGCGUUUCCUCGCUAUGUGCGACCCGGAGGUUUGUCAGAGUGAGCCGGCACAGCGUCAGCUCUGAGUCCGGAGGGGGGAAACAGGCUUUGUCAUUGCGGGGAUUUUUUUGUUUGACACAACUUGGCAGAGAAGUCGCUUGCUGCUGCUGCCGCCGGAGCUUGUUUGUUUGCAGAGAAAGUGUGAAACAAGUGUCAGAAAGAGAGCAACAGAUGUUUCUGGUGGAUAUGCGGCCGGCUGAGGAAUGAGAGCAGCGGCGAGGCACCGGCGGCCCUUCCAGCGGUUCUGCUGCUGUGGAGUCGGAGUGGUCGCCGUCAUUUGGCUCGCACAGGUCAUCCAGGCACCAGAGACAGAGUCUUCUGGGCUUCUGCCAGGCGUGAACAGUGGGGAGCCACGAUGGACUCGCAGGCUGAUGCAAGAGAAGUCAGACAACCAGAGCGUGGAUCAGCCCCGAGCAGCCAUCCAUGAGUUUCCAGAAGACAUUUUUACCAAGGAACAGAGGAAGAAAGGCGCUGUGUGUCUGCAUGCACUCUGUGCGAUCUACAUGUUCUACGCUCUGGCCAUCGUCUGUGAUGACUACUUUGUCCCCUCCCUUGAGAAAAUAUCUGAGAACCUGCAUCUCAGUGAAGAUGUGGCUGGCGCGACAUUUAUGGCUGCAGGAAGCUCUGCUCCAGAGCUUUUCACCUCUCUCAUUGGUGUCUUCAUCACCAAAGGAGACGUUGGAGUCGGCACGAUUGUUGGCUCUGCCGUCUUUAACAUCCUGGUCAUCAUUGGCCUGAGUGGGAUCUUUGCAGGCCAGACAGUGGCUCUGACGUGGUGGUCCCUUUUUAGAGAUUCCUCCUACUACAUCCUCUCCGUACUGACUCUCAUCAUGGUUAUCUAUGAUGCCACUGUUGUCUGGUGGGAGUCCUUGCUCCUCAUGACCAUGUAUGGAAUCUACAUUAUAAUCAUGAAGUUUAACUCCCAGGUUCUGGCGUUUGUGACACGACAGCUCAGGAGCUCCAGGCCAUGCUGCUCCAAAUCAGAGAACCACAGAGAUGACAAGAUGGGAGAGGAUGCCUCUGCUUGCAACACCUCCAUGGUGCUUCUCAACAAAGGCCAAGGUCACAGUCAGGAGGCUUCUCCAGUCAUCAUGGUGGAUGAGCUUCUCAUCCUCAACCCCCACAAACUGUCCUUCUCUGAGGCUGGCCUGCGCAUCAUGAUCACCCCACAUUUCUCCCCCCGCACCAGGCUCUCCAUGGCAGGACGCAUGCUCAUCAGUGAGAGACAGAGGCUGAUCCAGAGUUCGAAAAACCAGAGGGACGGCGAGGCCAGCCCCGGGUCAAGAACGGGAUCAGCCAACAACAGCCUGAAGAGGACGGGCUCCUGCAGUCUGGAGAAUGGAGGCAGGAGACCUGGGGUGGGAGACGCAGAGUCAGGAGACAAGCCGGGGGCUGAGGCGUGUCAGGCAGAGGAGGAGGAGGAGGAUGAUGAUGGGAUAUUUAGUCCUGUGCGCAUACCAGGUAGCUGCUGUGCGCGGAUAAAGUGGGUAAUCACGUGGCCUCUGGGCCUCCUGCUCUACUGCACUGUGCCUAACUGUAUUCUGCCACGCUGGCACCGCUGGUUCAUGGUCACCUUCGUGGCCUCCACCCUGUGGAUCGCUGUCUUCUCCUACCUCAUGGUGUGGAUGGUCACCAUCAUCAGCUACACACUAGACAUCCCAGACUACAUCAUGGGCAUAACCUUCCUGGCCGCAGGGACCAGCGUGCCGGACUGCAUGGCAAGUCUGAUUGUAGCCCGACAAGGCAUGGGGGACAUGGCGGUGUCUAACUCCAUAGGCAGCAAUAUCUUUGACAUCCUGCUGGGUUUGGGUUUCCCCUGGGCUUUACGUACCCUUGUGGUGGACCACGGAUCAUCAGUCUCCAUAAAUAAUAAAGGACUGGUGUAUUCUGUCAUCCUGCUGCUGGCAUCUGUGUUCCUGACGGUGAUGAGUGUUCAUCUGAACCGCUGGAGGCUGGAUCGACGGCUGGGUCUGGGCCUGCUGUUUCUCUAUGCCAUCUUCCUGCUCUGCUCCAUCCUCUUCGGGCAGAUGUGAGGCCUUAAGGUCGAAAGUCAACCCCGUCAGACAGCAUGAUGAGUACCUACCUUUCCACCACACGUCCUCUUUCCUGAAGCCAAAAAGAGUGACAGCGUUGUCGUGUUCCUUGUGAGAGUUUCCGUGCACCUUUGUAGGACUCGCUAGGGUGAUACUGUACACAAUGCAACGACACAAACACACUGAAGUCUUUUGUCAAUAGCACAAUGUUUUUCCCUCCUCUUUGUACAGUGCAGUGUUUGAAUAGUCUUUAAAUUAACAAACUGGGCGACCAAACAAAAUGUUUAAUGACAUGGCAGAUAGAAGCAGCAGGUUUGUUGCGCCUUCAACAGCAAUAUGAAACAGGAAGUGACCAAAAGUAACAGCUCACUAAUAUUUUGAUGAUAAUUGGAUAUCAUGACUGAGCUAGAAUGUCAGUUUCCACCCCGUAACAACACUUAUAUUUCAUGCCUGUUUUAUAUUUGAAUGUACAACAACCUGUUCAACUGAGACUCUUCAGUUAGCUUAGCCAGCUAGCUAACACUAUAAAUCUAAACUGCUCCUGCUAGGUAAUAAUUUCUUGAAUAAAUGAUGAGUCAGCACUCUUUAAUUCAGGCAAUAAACUGUUUAGAUUUACAUUAAUUAAAAAGACUGUUGCUUCCUGUCACUUCAGGUGUUUUCAUCUGUUAUUUAUUUACAUUUUUAAUGUUUGUGUUCUGAAAGCUGCUGCAGCACAGCAGAUAAAUUACAGAAUUAUUGUUUAGUUUUCAACAUUUCAGCAACACAGCAAUCAAAAGUUAUUUAUGAGGGAGAAUAUAUAAAUAAUCGCCAGGAAAAAAUGUUGGCUUUGUGUGUUUCUGCAAACUACAGACAGGUUACGUUUGUACUUUAUGUAGCACAUGGGUUCAAACUAUAUGUACCAACAACACUGUGGAUAAUAGGGGUGUAAAUCACCAGCUUCAUCACGAUACGAUAUUAUAUCGAUUUGUUUGGAUGACGAUACAAUGUUUGCCGAUAUCACAAAGUCUGUCACGAUACGAUUUGCGCCUGCGAUUUGAGCCUGUGAUCGAUAUGACGCAAUAUCAUAUGCCCAUCUAACACAAUCAUUUACAUCAACUCACAAAAACAACUAGAAUAUGAGUUGACCAUUUUAUUUCUGAGAUCUGUUUAUUGUUUGAGCGGAGGCAAGCUUGCCCAGAAAUGGUGACACAGAUGUGCUAUGUGAAUUUCAAAAUAAAUGUGUAUCUUUAAGAUGAUGAUAUGGAUCGAUGUUUUCAUUUUGCAUCGAUAUAAUCGGAUCGUUAAUCAAUGAAUCAAUGUAUCGAUGUGGAUCGAUUUAUCGUUACACCCCUAGUGGAUAACACGUGGUUAAGUUUAGAAACACAAAACAAAGAAAUACUUCAAAACAUCUAUUUCAAGCAGGUGUGUAGGAGAGGGACGAGAAGAAUAAAACUUGUAGAAAAGACUCCCGCACACUGUCUAACUUGCAAAAAUGAUACAUUUUAAUGCUGCAACGUGCAUGUGCAGUGGAAAGGCUAAAUACCAAGCAUCAAUUAGUGUAACAAUCAGCAUUAUUUGAUUACAUUACUUUACACUGCACCUGGGUAUUGUGAUUAAUUGCAAACUUACAGCCACGCUGUAAGAUGACUGUUGGUUACAAAACUGUUUGCCUGACGAAGGUCUCAUCACCAAAACAAUGCAGCAUUAAAAUCAUUUUGUUUUUUGCAAGUUAGACCGUGUGGGAGUCUUUUCUACGAGGUUUAGUAAAAACACUGCUUGGUUAUGGUUAGAAAAAGAUCAUGUUUUGGCUUAAAAUACCCAGAUUUGGGGAACAGUCAUGGCUGGGAAAGAUGCAGUGUCUUGGUAAAAAAAGAAAAAAAAAGCACAUUCAUGCCACUAUUCCAGGCUCCAAGGAAUGCCGCCAAGCCUUGCAGCCAGUAAUUUCCAGUGGCCACUUGGGAUUUUGCUGCAAACAAUUUCCCUGUGGCUCAAAAAGCCAUUUACCCAUAGACCACCAUUAUAAAAGAGACAUCUGUAAAACUGUUCACCGGACACUCCAAACUGCAAACAAGGACAAUUUUUUUCUAUUCUGAAACGUUUAAUCAUGAAAAUUUUAUGUUUCUAAAACUGUCCUCAAGCCAGUAAAAAGGAUUUAAAUUCUUCUUUAAGCCAUGUCUGAACUUGUGGCAGGCAACUCCAUUGGAAUGAAUAGGCGUCAUCCUGGGGUCGGGUGUUUAGUUAUCAUUAUCAUAUUAAAGUUCAUGCACUAUCCCCGCUGGAAAAACAGCAACAGGUCGCUAAAAAACACCCACGACUGGUGCCUAAAAAGCCACUUGAAAUAAUAAUAAUAAUAAUGAUGAUGAUGAUGAUGAUGAUGAUGACAAUAAUAAUAUAAUAACCUUUAUUUAUACCUUUCAUACAAGAAAUGAAGUGCUGAGUGCUGUACAAUAAGGGCAGUAUAAGCACUGAGUGCUUAUACUAUAAAAUAGACGUAAUGGACAUAAAACAGACAAACAAGGCAAUUUAAUAUAAAGGACAUUUAAAACAGUUUAAAACAUUGAUUUACUGAUUCAUGAAAUCAUAGAGUGACUCAUGACUUUUUUUUAAGAUUAUUAUUAUUAUUAUUCAAUUUUCAAGUUUUUCUUCUUUCUUUGGCUUUAUUAGGUAGGACAGUCUAGGCAUGAAAGGGGGAGAGAGGGGCUGACAUGCAGCAGGUGGCAGCGUGCUGGAAUUGAACCCAUGGCUGCUGCAGCCUUCGUAUAUGGGGUGCCUGCUCUACCCACUAAAUUACCGCCCCCACAGCAGUGACUCAUUAAAAAUGACCCGUUUUGGUAUUUGUGGAUCUUGAAAAGUGGUCUGCAAUGGAUAUCACAUCAUCCACCAUCCUCUCCAUCUUCUGAUGGCAAGUCAGCUCGUACACUACAUCACUAUAGAAACAUCGAUAUGAUGCGUAUGAAAUUAACAAAUGUGACAUAUUCAUGGUUUGCAGAAACAAACAAUGCCAACAUGUUCUUCAUGUGACUGAGCUGGUAUGUCCACAUAUUGUCUCCCCACUAGAUUCUGUCGGUGAGGAGUGUUCAGCAGUGCAUGUCUCUGGCAACAGUGAUUAAACAUGUUGAGCAGGAUAAAGACAGAUAGGAGACAGAGGCAGUUGUGAUUUACAGUAGGUAGAUAAAAAUCCUACUGGGCUACAGUACAGAACCACUCGUAGAAGAAACAAAUUAAUAACAUAACCAGGAAGAAUCAAUAUUUAUAUAUAUACGUCUAUGUUUUAAUAUAUAUUUGACAUGGUUUUAGAGACUAUCUCAACUAUAUGAACAGUUAUUUUCCUGCAGAUUGCACAGACUUUAAAAAAACAUUCUUAAAUCUGUCAUGUCAUGCUCAGACCUAUUGUCCAUUAUAAAAAAAGAUUAAUAUUUUCUGUUGGCCUUAGGUUUGAACACCCUUGUAUGUUUUGAAUGUACAACCUAGCAGAAAUAUUUACAUGCAUUCAAAUGUAGCACUGAAUUACAGCGAAGAACCUCUGAGCAGACGAUGAGGCACUAUAGUCCGACCAUAAAGGACACCGUGUACGUGUCAGUAGACUUUUAGAAUAUAUAAUAUAGAAUAAAAGGCACAUAAUUGUGACAAUAUUUUGACUUUUGCCUGAGUACUUAUAAGCAAGUAUUGGUACAGCUUAAUGUACGUAAAGAGAUUAACCUUAGUGUUGCAGUAUUUUUAGAGGUCUUAUUACUAUGAAAUCUAAUAUAUAUAAUGUACUUCUAUGAGUGUCACAGACUUUGAUGACUUUGAGUGCAGGUUAGUUGUAAUAACUUCACGUUUAGGUACGACAAUCGAUGUUUGUAUUGUUUCUUGUUCAUUUUAUGAGAUUGUUUCUCUUUGGUGGAACAUUUUUAUUUAAAUCAGACCCGAAGCAGCGCGUUAUACACACGCAUACACACACACUGUAAUUGUGUGUGUGGCACGGCAAAUAAGCUGUAUAUUCUGUAUUGGUAUACCUGCUGCUGCUGCUGAAAACUAUGAAAACAAUUUGGACACAUUCAGAUAAUAUUAUAUUCAAGACUAAAUGUUCCACCAAAGGGAUCGGGGCAAGUUUUUUUUGUUUGUUUUUUUUUAAAUGGCUGUAUAAUUAUUAUAAUUAUUGUCUACUUGACAAUACUUUUUACUGUUUGUAAAUGUUAAAUAAUUGACAUAGUUUUACAAUAAUGAAUGUCUGACAGAGACUAGUUUUGUGGUGUUUUUGAUAUUUAAAAAGAAUACAUAAUAAUACAUAAUGUUAGCCUACUUGUGAAUUAUUGUAACAGAAUGAAUGCAUAUUUUGUCACUUUGUUAGAUAGUGGAAUAUGAAGGCUAUAAUGUCAGACCAGCACUCCAUUUGUAAUUAAUUCAAUUACAGUUGUGUCUUAAAAUCUUUUCAGCACUUAGAUUUUCUUUUGUUUCAGUAUUGAUUUAUUGAAAACCUGAUUUCAUGCAGGGGAAGACAAAGGAAAUGAAACUCCUGUUUACAGGUUCAAACUAGAUUUUAGUUUUUUUUAGGUUUAGAUAUUUUAAAGAAUGCCUAGAAUCUAAGAAAUACCACUAAAUUUAAAUAGCAGUAAGUUUUCAUCCCCUUUUUCCAUUUUUUUUUAUCUUUAAAUCAUACUUUCUCUUUUAGCUACAGUUUAAAAAUGAAACUUUUUAUUGAAACACAUUUUAUCAGAUCUGGUCAAAUGUCAUGUCUGGAGUUUUUGUGCCAAAACCCAUCGAUGCAUUUAAAUAAGGUUUUAGGGCAACUUUUAAAGGGAUAGUUUUGAUUUUUUGAAGCAGGUUUGUACGGGGUUCUUAUCCAUACUCAGUGUAUUACAUACAAUAGAUGUCUGCCAGUGCACCCCCAGUUUGGAGAAGUGUCAGGAGUACUGUCAUGGAAGGUAAACAAUGAACUGCUGUGGAUGGGGUCAGCAACAAGCUGUGUUUUAGCCACCUAAAUAAAGUCCCACCUAAAAAUCAGUUUAAGUGUGCGAUAUAUAAGAGUACUUCACCUCUUUGCCUUUACGUCAGACAGCCCAUUCCAACGGGGAAGCUGAUAAGGGUUUCAGUUCCUCAUCUAUGCUCUCGCCAAAGCCACCAGACUCCAUUGACAAAAAUAGUCGUUUUGGCUCAUUGAGCACGGGCACUGCUGGUGUAUUGCUGCUUUGAUCAAUUAGAUAGAUUGUGUUAUUGUGCGAUGUUGGUGAAUCCAAACUUACCCCUUUCAACGCCAAAGUCAUACAGUAAAACAAAUAAAAUAACUGAUCGAAGCAGCAAUAUAUCGGCAGCUUCUGUGUUUGGCAAUCUUAAAUCACUGUUUUUCUCAAAGGAGUCUGGCUUGAAAGAGAGUGAUGUAAUGGCUUCAGUUCCCCGCUGGAAAUUGCUGUCUGACAAUAAGUUAAAGCUGUAACAAUAUUCUAAAAAUAGCAUACAAUUACUGAUUUUUUUGGGUGGGACUUUUUGAAAGUGGCUAAAAUAUGUUUUGUUGCUGACCCCUCCACAGCAGUACAUUGCUUAGCUUCUGUGGCAGUACUCCUGCCUGCUUCUCCAAACUGGGGGCUUGCUGAUUGACAUUUACUGUAUGUAAUAACAGAAUAUGGAUAAGUACCUCAGUACCACGCCUCCGAAGAACCAAACUAUCCCUUUAAAAUGUCAUAGCAAAAAAGAAAUAGUGAUAUUAUCCUAUAAAUGUCCCUGACCCAAACAUUAAAGCUACACUUUGAAACUAGUAGCUUGUAACAAUGGCUACUGCUUGUCCAGAAAAAAUAGUGCUGAAAUGAUUAGUAGUAUAACCGUUUAGUUGAUCAACGUAUUGAGUCUUUCAUCAUGCAACUAUGUCAAACAUUCACCAGUUGCAGAUUCUCAAAUGCGCUGUUUUGCUGCUUUUCUCUAUGACCGAUGAAUCAAUUGGAAAAAUACAUGACAGAUGAACUGAUGAUGAAUUGUUUGUUCCAUGCUCUUAAUUUAGCUUCUUUUUUUUGCAGUUACUGAAAUGGAAAAACUGUCUUUGCAUAUCCUAACUAUCUUCAUCCUGUUAAACAACCAUCAGUAAUAACUGUGUUUUGCCAGGAAAUGUUUUACAGCAGGUGGUGAUGUGAAUGUGUUCUUUGACUCAGCUCUUGGGACUCUCUGCUGUAAACUUUUGUAUUCAGAUCCAGUAAUAAUCUCAAUACGCUCGUCAUGGCUACUGAGAGACACAACAGCACCAAAGCAAACAGUUGAUCUCCAGUACUUGUUUUGGUUUCACAGCACUCAAAGAAUGUUCUCCAUAUUCUGCUGUGAUGUUGGAGGUAGUGGAUGUUUUAGAGUUGAAAUUUAUUGCUUAGAGGUCUUAUUGGAUCAUAGAAGACUGUUGUAUCUUGAGACCAAUAAAAAAUGUGCAAUAACAA